AUGCACCACGACAGCUCUAUUGGUACGUGUUUGGGACGGUGGAUGCGGUCUGCGGUGGGUGCGUGUCCGCGCAGCCGGCACCGUGUGCAGCGCAGGGCCAUUGCGGCUAUUCGUGUGGCGCUGCUUGUUGUGUUGGCGCUGGUUGCGGCGGCGGCGUGGAUGACUGCUGUGCAUGCGGUGGUGGUGCGACUGCGGGGCGGCACGGUGGACAGAGCCGUCACGGUUGGCCGCGCCGUAGACGCGGUGCUGAUGGACGGCGUGUACAUGACGAACGGCGUGGCUGUUGUGUUCGACGUGCCGGCGAUGCUUCCCGGCGCGCUGCGCAUCGAACUGAGGAACUGCGUGUGCAACGGCGGUGCGCAGAUCUACGUGCGGGGCUACAGCGGCGAGCCGGCGAGUGACCGGAGCCUGGAGGUGAGCGUGAGCGGGCUGUCCGGGAGCUACUGCUCGCUUGUGUUUGUGCACAACCUGCCGGCACACACGAACGUGACGGUCCGUGACUCGACGAUUGUGACGGCGGGGCCGAUGCGCUACUCCCAGCUGAGCGGGCUGACGGACGCGGUGGCGUCGCCGCUUGUGCUGUACGCGACGUCGCUGUUGCAGACGCAGCUGCGUGUGAGCAGCACGGUGCUGAGGUCGUUGCAGGCGGGCGGGAUGGCGGUGUACGUUGGCGGCGGUGUGGACCUGCUGUCGAGUGCGGUGUUGCUUGACGGCGUGUCGCUGGAGGCGUCGGGCGGUCCGACCGCGUCCGCGAUGCAUGUGGCGUCCUCGUCGCGUCUCAGUCUGCGGAGCCACUCGGUGUUCUCCGUGACGAACGUGUCGGUUGUGAGCAGCGGCGGCGGCAUUGUGCUUGGAGAGCGCCUCGCGGUGUCCGACUCGGUGCUGCGCUUCGUGGGCGUCGAGGGGCCUGUUGCGUCGUCGCUGGUGCGCUGCGACGGUGGGACGGUCGGUGCCGGCGGGUGGCUGGAGCUGCACGACGUGUGGGCGGUGGGCGAGGCGUCGUCGGUGGCGUCGCUGUCGGGGGUGACGCUGAGCGGCGGCACCGUGUCGAUUGCACGCAGCACUGCCACCGGCGCUACGCUUGUCUCCGGGCCGACGAUCACGAGCGGCGCCGUGUCGGUGCAGUGCAACCGUGCCGGCGGCCGGGUGCUGCAGAGCAGCGGCGACUACCGUUUGGCCGGCCUGCCUUCCGUGAGCGUGGUGCCGUGCGACGGCUGUGCGGCAGCGCUGGCGUGCUUUGAUGGACUGACGGCGUCGUUCACCGACUGCGUGUGCAGCUGCCGUGCCGGCGGCAUGGGCGAGGCGUGCCUGCCGUUCGACGUGCCGCCUGCGAGGACCGGCGGUGGUGCGCAGGACUGCAUGGGUGGCGUGACGCUGACGGAGUCGGUGACGGUUGGCGGCGGGCGUGCGACGGCGUGCUUCGACUCGGUGGUUUUCAGCGGGCCGAUCACUGUGGCGGUGGAUCUGCGCUUGAUGGAUGCGUUCGCUGACGCGCUGAACGUGACGCUGCGCCACUGCGUGCUUGCGGGCGGCGCGCAGCUGCGGAUUGGCGGCCUCAGCGAGAGCACGGCGCGCCUGAUGCCGCACGUCCUCGUCAACAUGACGAAUGUGACGUCGGUGGAGGGCACGAUCGUGCUGCAUGGCGCGAUGCCGCCGAACUCGAGUGUGCUGCUGGCGAACUCAACGCUGCGUGCGACGGUUGGCGGGUCGCAGUACGUGCAGACGACCCCUGGCUUCGCGGGAUUUCGGUACGGCCCCGCGCUUGUCCUGGACGGCGUCCGGCUUCUGUCGACGCGGUUUGUCAUGACGCGGUCGACGCUGGUGUGUGGCGGGGGUUCGUGCGCUGCGAUCCUCGUGGAGCGCGGCCUCGGCGCGAACCUGUCCAGCGUAUUCUACAUGGACAACUGCGUCGUUAUUUCGGAGACGCACGUGAUGUACGCUCUUGCGUCGGACCUGCGUGUUGACGGCGGCUCCGUGUUCUCCAUACAGAACAGCUCGUGGAGUGCGCCGAGCACCGAAUACUACAAAGGCGCGUGUGUGUUUAAGGAUGUUGUUGUGGAUGGAGGCAGCGUGCUGCAGAUUGUGUCCAGCAUGUUCCGUCUCGGCUUUGCCAUGCUCAUCACAAACACGCUGACUGUGACUGGCGGCAGCUGGCUGGUGCACCGCGACAACGAGUUCCGCACCGCCUAUGUUGUGUACGUGGCCGACGAGAAUGGCGUGGCGUUCCACGAUCGGAGUGUGUGGUCGAUACUACACAACUACUUCACGUACGGCUCGUACUCGUCAACCAUUCUACUUAUGACAAGCAAGUGGUCAUCACCAUCCGACGCGCGCCCGACCAUCUACGGCAUGUGCAACGAGGCACGGGGCUCUCCUGUGACGAAUUACGGAGAAGACCUCAAUAUUGGGACGCCCGUGACGAUACUGGACUGUGGUGCGUGCACGGUGGACGCCGUGUGCUUCGCAGCGAGGACGAGCAGCAUCAGCGGCUGUGAGUGUGUGUGCGCUGCUGGCGGCUACGGUGACACGUGUGUGCCAGCUGCGGUUCCGGACGGUCUUGGGCCGCUCCCGCUCCCCGAUGCGGACGACACGGAGGUCCGCUGCGUGCACGGUGGCAGCAUCAGCUCCGUGGACUAUCCUGAUCCCGGUGUGCGUGGUCUGUGCUUCGUCAACGUGACCUUCACUGCCGCGAUCGUGCUUGACCUGUGGAGUUUUGACGCACCACAACAGAUACUCAACAUCACGCUGCUGCAGUGCGUCCUCGUGGGCCUGUUGAUCAGGGGGAGUGUUGCGCGCGUGCACGUGAGCGUGACAUCCUCGAUGAUGGAUUCUGGUGAGUUGGAGUUUAAGGGUUAUUUUGGCGCGAGCUCCCAGGUACUGGUGGUUGGCAGUACGCUUGUGUCGACGUUGAGCUACGCCAUUGCCUUUCCGGAAUUUUCCCUCGGUGCGAAGUCGACGCUGCUGCUACUUGACAACCACAUUGAGGGAAAUAAUUACGCAGUUUAUAUAUCCGAAACUAUUGUUGUUGAUGGUGGUGGGAUCAUUGUGAAGGGAAAUACGCUGUUAUCAACGGCGGCUGAGGACGAAGUACAUACAGCGGUUUUUGUUGAAACUGUUGAUGUGAUGAAGGGCGGCUACAUUGACGUGGAGAACAACACGAUGAGUGCGGCUAAUGGCAUUUUUUUUUUUUGGGAUACAAACUUGGCCUCCGCGGGGCUGCUGCGAGUGGCGGACUGCAACUUUGUUGGUGGGACGGAAUUUUUUGAUCCCGCGCUGGUGCAUUUGUCUGGCUCUGUGGCCCUCGAGGGAGGUGCGCAGUGGCGUGUGGAGGGCAACAAAGUGAGUGCAGCCUCAAUAAUAACUGUGGAAGAUACCUCGAAAAAAAUUCGACUGUUGGGCAGCGGCACCACCGUGGUGCUUGCACACAACCGUCAGGUGGACGAUAUUUAUCCCUUUGCUGAUCUUUCUCUGCCACAGACGGUUGUUGCGUUACCCGCGCGUUUUGUGGUUGGGUGCAACCUGCAGGGCGGUAGGGAGGUGUUGUACGACGAUGUGUUUCCGGAGGGCGUGGUGGUGUUCAGGUGUGGCACAUGCAACGAAGACGCGGCGUGCUACAUGCCCGGGACGGAGUCGGUGGACCGCAGCUCGUGCUCGUGCAGCUGCAAGGACGGAUGGCAUGGCGCGUCGUGUCUUCCUUUCGAGGUGCCCGACUUUUCUUUGCCGCCCGUAGCGGAGAGAGUCGUUGACGGCGACACGAGCUGCGUGGUGAACCAGACGCUGACGAACCUCGCGCCGAACAUGUGGAAGACGCACCACUGCUACGUGGGUGUGACAUUCAGCGGCGUGGGUGCAGUGCUGACGUUUUUCCUCGACAGUAUGCCGCUGCAUCUCCCCAUCAACAUCACGCUCACUGGGUGCAAAUUCCGUGAGGGUGCCGCGCUGCAGUUUGUCGGGGGUGCUGAGGUGGCCGAGUCAGCCGGUGUCCUUAUCCGCGUGAGCCAGACGGUGAUGCGGUCCUCUGUUGUUGUGUUUGCACUCGCCCUCCCGCAGCACUGUGACAUUGCCGUCACGGAGGUUGACGCGGUGCAGACCUUCGAGUUCGACUUACCGGGCACUGUGGGAAAGACGCUGAGCGUAUUGUUGCUGCAUGACGUCGUGUUGAGUGCGUCCUCGUUGUUGGUCAGUAACGUCAAGGCGCAUGCGUUGAGGUACGCUGAGUUUGGUUUGUACUCUUUUGGGACGCUGACACUGGUGGGUGGCAGCUCGCUGUACGCGCGUUACUGCAGUCUUGAUGGGUACGAACACCUGUUUUACGUGUACAGGCUCAGUGUGAGUGAUCACUCUGUUUUUGCGCUGCUCAACAAUACAAUGUCCUCUGGUACGAGCCUCCUGUAUCAGCACCACAGAUUCAGCGUGUCGGAGCAUAGCGUGUUGCGCGUGGUGGGGAACAGCGGUAUCGUGGCCUGCGCCAUCUACGCAGAAGACUUGUGGACCGUCCAAAGGUCAAGCUGGCUGGAUUGGCGCGACAACAGCGUGGGAGUGGGUGCGAUGUUUCACGAAUCCGAGUUCGCUUCCUUUGCCAUUGACGGCAGUAGUGUGGUGACGCUGACGGGCUGCACGAUGGGCUCGACGGGAUUGUCGAGGCCUCUGCUAUCGCAGGCUAAAUCCGGCUACGGGUUCGUUGCCGGAUGUCUGACGGUUGCAGGACGAGUUUUGACGACGACGGGAGAACUGGAGCUGAAUGGCAUCACCAAGGUGACGACGGUUACCGCGUGCGGGGAUUGCACGAAGGACGGCGACUGCUUUGCACCGCUGACGACGGCGGUCAUUGACUGCAAGUGCCAGUGCGCUGCUGGAGGGCACGGCGAAGUGUGCGUCCCUGCGCCUGUGCCAGCCGGGCCGCCACCACCGCCACCACCGCCGUCGCCACUGCUACCGCCACCGCCGCCGAUUGGUGAGUGCAUCAGCGACAUGGUGUACCCCGAGGUUGCGCAGGCCGUGGGCGGCGGUCUGUCGUGGCUGUGCUACCGCAACGUGACGUUCAGCGGGGGCGGCAUGCGCCUGACGGUGCUGAUUGGGGGGAUGACGGGCAACGUGGCGAACGUCACGUUCGAUGGAUGCACGUGGAGGGACGGCGCCGUUCUGUUGCUGUUGGGCAACGCGUACGCCGCUGUGGGGUCGCUGAACAUCGCCGUCACCGGCAACACGUUUAGUGACGCGCUGCUCAGCCCGGAGGGUGGGUUUCCACCACGCACGAACAUCACGAUCAGCGGGAACCGCUUCACGGUCACGAGAAUGAUCCCUCGGCUGGGUUUGGACCUUAGGAGGCCGUCGUGUGUUGCGAUGAAUGAGCUGGCGAUCAGCAACUACUCUGCGGUGGUGCUCAGUGGCAAUGCGUUUCAGACCAUGACGACAUCGUCAAGCGCCAUUCAAGUUGUCAGGUAUGCGCUGAGGGUGACGUGGCACUCUGUUUUUGCGGUGUUGGGCAACGCGUUUCAUAUGGCUGGUGGCGAGGGCACACCGAUACAUCUUGAAGGUUAUGCCGAAUCCUUGUCACUGUUUGUACUGAACGGCUCUGCUGUGGUGGUCCGAGGCAAUCUUGUGUCGAGCCUGGUGCAGUACGUAAUCAUAUUUGUUUUUUUUUUUUGUGUGGAGUCUCGGUCAGCGGUUGUUUUUCGGGACAACGACAUGCAAGGAAGCUCGGCGGUUUUUUUUUCAAGCCACCAUUCCCAUAUUUACUACAACUCUUGGCUGCAGUUGAGCGGCAACCUCUGCCGCGUGUCCCCAGUGGGUGCUUUUGCUGUUUUGAAUCCCACAGUGAAUCUCCGCGACUCCACGGUGUCCGUGUCCGGCAACCAGUUUAUGUCCAGCAAGGGCACGCACACAGCGUUAUGGAUAUACUCACGACCCAGCGAUCUCACAAACGUAGCGAUUGUGGCUGCGUGCAACACUGUGAACGGCGAGGAGGAAGCGAACUACGUUAUUCCGUCCGUGUACAAUGCCACCAUUCUGACCUGCAGCGACCCAUGCGCCCUCGCGACGUCGUGCUUCCCCGCGUACACGACGACGGCUUCGAGUGAUGGCUGCGCCUGCACGUGCGCGGAGGGCGGCCACGGUGAUGCGUGCCUGCCCGUUGCUGUCCCCGAGCCGCCGAGCACCGACGGCGCCGACUUGUGCGUGCGGGACGUGCGUGUGGAUGUGAAGCUGAGUGCCGGUCUCGGGACGACGGUGGUGUGCUACUUUGGUGUGACCUUUGCGGCGGACGUCGUGGUGGAUGUGGGGUCGAUGUCAGGGAGCGUGCGCAACGUGACGCUGGCGAACUGCACGUUUGUGGGCGGAGCGAGCCUGUACGUUGUUGGGUGCCGUUCCGACCCGCCCGCUGGCGAGCGCGCCGAUGUGUUAAUCAGCGGGCUUGAGUCACGCUCCGGCGGCGGCGUGCUGGUGUCGAACCGAUACCCGCCGGGCUCGCGCGUCACUGUGGUGGACUCGGUGCUGGUCGCAGAGAAUCGUGUUGCGUAUCGUAACGCCUACGGCCUUGGCGACGCCUCCGCGUGCCUCGUGUUGCACAACGUGAAUCUGACUGGGAGCGUGCUGACCAUUGCGCGCACGCAUGUGGCGGCUGUGUUCCGCGACGCUGUUGGCGUGUUGGUGGUUGGCGGCGUGGCGCUGUCGUCGCGCGGAGCGCUGUACGUGGACGGGCUGUUGGUGCAGGCGGCGCUGGGGCUGUGCGUGUCGGUGGAGGGCGGUGUUGUUGCCAGUGGCGGCUCCGUGGUGGCGUUUGUUGGCAGCGACUUCCUGCUGUGCAAGCACGCGGUGUCUGUGCGUGGGGCUGUGAGUGUAUCGGGCUCCGUUGUGGCGUUUGUGCGGAACGACUUUGCGUCGACGGAGGACUACGCGGUGGCGUUUUAUUCGACGGUGAGUCUGGCCGACGGGUCGAUGCUUCUGGCGAAGGGCAACGUGCACGACGGCGUCUCGAGGGAGAUGCUCUACGCCGCUGGCGCCGUGACCGCUGCUGGGAGCACGCUGAGCCUUGUGCGCAACCGAGCACUGCUGUCUCGGAUGCUAUCGCUGAGCCUGUCGCUUGCGGCUGGGGCGCAUGUGAGGGUGGCGUGUAACGACGCUGGUGGACGUGUCCUGUCGACGGCGGAGGAGUACGCAGCGGCUGGUUUUGGCGACGCUGGGCGCAUCGACGUUGCUGGGUGCGACGACUGCGACAGGGACACGUACUGCUACGCCCCCGGGACGGCGUCGGCGAGCAUGAGGAACGGUGUGUGCGUGUGUGCGUGCGGCAGCGGCGGGUACGGCGAGGCGUGCGUGCCUGUGGGAGCUCCCGCGCUGUCGCCCGCUGUGGGCACCGCGUCGAGUUUGUUUGUCCGUGAGGGCGUGACGGUGCGGUCGGUGUUCGUUGUGCCUGCCGGUGUGAGCGAGGUGACGCUGCGCCACGUUGUGCUGGACGGCGUGAGUCCGGUGCUCUACGUGCCGUGGAUGGCGCGGGACGGCGUGCGGAUCGUUGUGCAGAACGUGUCGCUGCUGAACGGCGCCGUGCUGUACGUGAUGGGCGGUGGAGCGUUGCGCGAUGCGGAUGGUGCGGGGAGCGACGAGAGCGGGCCGGUGGAGCUGUCGGUGUGCGAUGUGGAGGCGCUGAACGGUGCGCUUGUGCUGACCGGGACGUUUCCCGCGGGGUCUGUGCUGACGGUGACGGACUCCCUGCUGGUUGCCGCGAGGCCGACGCCGCUUGUGUAUCUUCCCGGCUCGCAGUCGUCGCCGUACGCACCGGUGCUGGUACUAUCGGGCCUGCGGCUCGUGCGGUCCGUCCUGGUUGUGUCCGGCGUUGCUCUCGUGACCGUGAUGACUGGUGGGCGGACGGUGGUGGUGGACGGCGUUGUGCUGGAGCUCGUCGGUGGCGGUGUCGCGCUGGACUCGGCUGUGCUCGGUGGCGAAUAUGCGUUGUACGCGAGUGCGCGCGUGGUUGCGUCGGGGGGCGCUGUGCUGCGCGUGUCGGGGAGCCAGGUGUACGCUGCGCAUGGGCUGGUAUUCGGCAGUGGAGUGGAGGCCAACGCGUCCGCCAUCGUGGUGAAUGACAACACCGGUGCGCUGACGGAUGGCGCGCUGCUGGUGCUGCGGGGGUCGGCGUCGUUUGCGUCCGGGUCGUGGCUGUCGGUGCGCGGCAACAGCAUCAGCGGCAGGCUUCUGUCUGUGCCGUCGUACCCGCGCAGUGCGGAGCUCGUGCAGAGCACGUUGACGCUCUAUGGGAACGCCGGCCGUGGACCCGUCGUGAUGGACGGCACCGUUGCGCUCGGGGGCGCCGGCCGAAAUUUCGUCGUGGGGUGCCUGACGCUCAACGGGCAGGCGCUGCAGCCGAUGGACUACAGGUCCACCGGCAUCAUCGGGGAAUUCCGCUCCGUGGCGUGUGGUGUGUGCGACGCCGAAGUGCGCUGCUUUGCUGCUACGACGAGGGCGAUGUCGAGGUCGUGCCGCUGCCGCUGUGCUGAGGGCGGGUACGGGCGCGACUGCCUGCCGGUGUACCUGCCGCACGUGGACGGGUGCAACCGCACGCACGGCAUUCCGCUGCUGAGCCACACGGCGACGCUGACGGAGACGCGCAGCCUGACGCCAACGUGGACGCCGGGCAUGAGCACGGCGCAAUACAGUCCGACGCAGUACAGUCAGACGGAGACCCCGCAGUUGACGGAGACGGUGGCACCGCCGCCCACGCGGACCCCCACGGCGUCGGUGAGCGGCACGCUGUGGUGGAGCGACGUGGCGUGCCCGACGCUUGCUGUGACGACGACGGCGGCUGGUGGAAGUCUGACGCAGAACGACAUCCGCGGCGGUGGGAGCGCCGUCCCGACGCGGCUGAUGGUGGCGCUGCCGCCACCGUUUCGGUGGGCACGCGACCCGCAGCCCGGCACGCACCUGAGCUUUGUGCCUGUGUCGACGGCGCAGCCGAGCGGGUUUGGCGGUCCGUGGGGAGCGAUGCUGAGCAACGCGACGUGGGUGCGCAACGCGACGAAUCCGUCCACCGUCCUGGAGCUGGCCGUGCCCGUGCACCGCGGUUACUUCAUUGCUGCCGACGAAACGAUAGUCAUUCGCUGCGACGCUGCGGCGGUGUUUGGCGGCUGCAAGGGUGUGCUGCUUGGGUCCUUCACGAUCAGUUCGAACACGCUGCCCGCUGCUGCCAGCGCCCUCUCGGCGAUCACCGGCGUUGUUGCGGGUGCGACGGCUGUUGCCGUGCUGGUGACCGGCGGGCUGGGCUCCGUUCUGGAGUUGCAGGCGCUCGGCGUGUUCGCGAGGAUGCCAUGCGCCUCGGCGCAGGAGCGUGCGAGCACCGUUGCGCUGCCGUACUUCCUGUCGGUGUUUGCUGCCCUUGACCCGCUGUGGAUAGUGGUGGGCAACGCGCUGCUGGCCGCUGUGUUCGGGUGCGUGCACUACGGUGUGACGGCCGCCUUCCAGCGGUGGCGCGGCGUGGACGCGGCGAGUGCGUGGGCUGCGAUGCGGUUCCCGAGCCUGACGUACGUCGUGGCGCACGCGAUGCACCUCGGCAUAUUCUUCGGCUCCGUGCUCGCACUGGCGAUGCCCGGCGCCCGCGUGCUGCACCGCGUGAUCGGUGUCGUUGGCGUGCUGUACGGUGUGGCGUUCCCUGCUGGUGUGUGCUACUUGAUUGCCCGCCACACGGGCGCGAGCUUCACGAGGUACUGGCAGUUUUCUAGGAAGCCGCUGCACGAGCGCCUGCUGUACCCCGUCGGGUAUUGGCACCCCGCGGCGCAGCAGCGGAUGUACGGCGGCAUGCUGACGAACAUGAGGGGCAGCUACGUGUACUGGUGCGUGUUCCAGGUGUCGGUGCUGUGUGUGGUGUGCCUGAUUGCGGCUGUGCACCCGCCCGUGGGAGGCUGCCACGUCCAGUACUUCUGCAUGGCUGCUGUGCUGCUUGCGGGUGCGGGCGUGGUUGCCUUCACGAACAUGAUGCGCUCGGCCUUCCUGACGAUGACGCACACUGCGAGCUUUGUGCUCCUUGCACUGCUGUGUCUGGUCAGCGCGGCGAACCACCUUGCGCCGAGCGACGGCGGAGCGAGGGCGUACGUGGCGAUUGUGCUGCUGCUGACGACUGUGCUGCUUGCGGUCACUGUGUACAGCGUCGUUGUGUGGUACGCGGAGGACCGCCACUGGCAGGAGCUGCGCGAGCCUCGGCGUGGUGGGCUGGAGGCGCUGCUGCGCGAUGACGAGGAGAGCGACGAAGAGACGCAGAAGCUCCACGAAAUGACUUUUUUGUCGUACGCCUCAGGCACCACCGUUGGGUCAUCGUACCGACCACCCGCACCGCCGUUGCAGGAGCCCUUAGCCGGUGACACCCGCUCAGACGCGCCGAGCCCACUGGACCGUGUAUCCAGUGCGAGCUGCAGCAUUAAUUAUGCUCUUCUGGACAGGUGA